AUAUGACUGAAUUCACAGUUGCACAAGUGGAGCCAGACCAAACCACAACUCAUUUCCCCGAAAUUUAUGCCACAGAAAAGGAUGAAAAUGUCACCAAGAACACUAGUAUAUGUGAGCUCUGUACCUGCCAAGAUGAGACACUGUUGUGUGUUGGUCUCGCCCCAAUGCAGAAACUCCACCGAGUGCCUGUGCUAGAGCCCUACAGCUACAAUGGCACCUUCACAGUCUUGAAUUUCCAAGGAAAUGUUAUUUCUUACAUUGAAGAAAACAUAUGGAAAUCUUACCGUUGGGCUGAGAAACUAAUUCUCAGUGAAAAUUCCCUGACUGAAUUACACAAAGAUUCCUUUGAAGGCCUGCUAUCCCUCCAGUAUUUAGAUUUAUCCUGCAAUAAAAUACAAUCUAUCGAAAGACGUACAUUUGAACCACUACCUUUUUUGCAGUUUAUAAACCUUGGUUGCAAUUUACUGACAGAACUGAGCUUUGGAACAUUUCAGGCAUGGCAUGGACUGCAGUUUUUACACAAGUUAACUCUCAGUCGUAAUCCUCUGACAACUGUUGAAGAUUCAUAUCUUUUUAAAUUGCCAGCAUUAAAAUAUCUAGACAUGGGAACAACUCAAGUAUCACUUUCGACAAUUGAGAAUAUCCUCCUGAUGACUCUUGAAUUGGAAAAACUGAUCUUACCUAGCCAUUUGGCCUGCUGCCUCUGCCAGUUUAAAAAUAAUAUUGAAGUUGUCUGCAAGACAGUGAAGCUGCGAUGUGACAGUGCAUGUCGGACAAACAAUACACGUUGCCUUCAAGAUGCAUCUGUAGGGAAUACAGAAGGAUCAUUCAUGAAGGUGUUACAGGCCCGGAAGAAGAACACUAGCACUGAGCUUUCUAUUGAGCCUGAAAAGCCAGCUUCAGAUAAAAAUGGUGUCACCUUUUCGGGAUUCUUAAAUGAACAGCUAGACUUCAAUGAUGAAAGUGAUGUUAUAAGUGCAUUAAAUUACAUAUUGCCAUAUUUCUCAGAGGGAAAUCUAGAAGACGUAGAGUCAACAUUAUUACCAUUCAUUAAACUGCUUUUUUCAAACGUACAAGAUGGAGGUAAUGCCAUGGAAUAUUUGAAGAACAAUACAAAGAACUCUCUUUCAACUGCAUCCAACAAUCCAACUUAUAAAAACAAAUUAAAGAAGCUUCAUUUUCUGGAAAAUUUGUUAGAUGCAGAAAUUCAGGAAAAAAUUGAUGAGGUGAAAAAAAAAGAAAAAACUGUCAUGCUUAUGCAAUCUAGGCUUUUAGGUCCCAAAUUUAAACGCCAAAUCUUUCAAAAGAAAUUGGAAACUGCCCAACCACAGGAAAACAGCCUAGCAGAGAUUGAGAGUACAAAGAAAAGGCUGCGGAGAGUAAACAGAGUCAUCAAGGGUCCGAAGGGCAUACGGAAAAGACACCUCAAUGAAAUGAGAAAACGGAAACAGAGUGCCUGGGCACUUGCGGAGAAUGUUGCCCAAGAAGGCAGGCUCAGGAGACCAAUCCCAAGGGAACUAGAGCAGCUUCACAAGGUGCGGAGGAGGCCCAGGAAGUUAGUGGGAAACUCCCUCCUGGACGCUUCAUUUACAAAUGAACAUAAGGCAGCAGUCUCUUCUUUUUUGAAACAAUACUCCUUGGGCAAAUCUCCCACCUCCUCCAUUUCAAAAUUACAGCCUGAGAUUAGAAACAAAGCAAAAGACUUAACCUACACCCUUUUUGUUUUAGAAGAUGCAAAUGCUCCAGUUAAAAGCCUGAAGGCUGAUAAACCAGUCAUGCAUUCCAAAAAGACUCACAGCUUUCAUAAAACUUACCCUCUUGCAGCCCACAGAAUACCCAAGGCCAAAGUGAGUCAAAAGUUCAGAAAGGAUUAUUUGCACAAUAGACUGAUGCUUGCAAAGAGGCCCCCAUUCUCUGCAAUAAGGAGCCUCAUAAAUUCCCCCCCACGAGGGGCCUCUUCAUCUUUAGGAGACCUGAAUUCUCAGGAGAAUCCUUUCUCAAGAUUAUAUGCUCUUCCAGAACCUAUAGAAAGUGUUCCUGCAGAAAACAAUACUGCAAAAAUUCCUUCUGAAGGAACUAUUUCUGAAGCAAACAUUACUGUGUUGGAUGAACCCACCUCUGAAAAUGCAACCUAUGAAAACGCUGCUGCAGAGGCUGUAGAUUCUGCUGUGACUCCUUUCAACAUAAUGCCAACUGUUCAACAAACCAAUAAGACACAAUGGGAAUACCUCAACUCGAACACUGACUCACAACCCAAGCCUGAAGACUUAUCCUACCCAUUGACGGCAUCCCCAGGUGAUCAGUUUGAAAUUCAGCUAAACCAGCAUCUUCGGUCCCUCAUCCCCAACAAUGACGUGAGAAGGCUCAUUUCUCAUGUUAUUCGGACUUUGAAAUUGGACUGCUCUGAACCCUAUGUGCAACUGGCCUGUGCCAAGCUCAUCUCCAGAACAGGCCUCCUGAUGAAGCUUCUCAGUGAGCAGCAAGAAAUCAAGGGGUCCAAGGCCGAAUGGGAUACAGACCAGUGGAAAACUGAGAACUAUAUCAAUGAGAGCACAGAAGCCCAGGGUGAUAACAAAGAGCAUGAGGAGACAAGUGAGCUCACAAAAGGAGUCCCGGGAUAUGGUUUUAACAACAAACUCAUCUUGGCAAUAUCUGUGACUGUAGUGGUGAUGAAUUUGAUUAUAAUUUUCUGUGUGAUUGAGAUUUAUUCCCAUAAAACAGCAUCACAAGAUGAUGAAGAAAAGUCCUUAAGGAGCUGUUUUGGGUUUCUGUGUAGGAGAAGCUCAAUGGAAAGUGAAAAUCAGGAGGGCUUUUUCUGGUUAAGGCGGCCACUUUGGCGUAGAGAUACGUACAGACCUCUCAAUGCCACACGUAAGAAAAACAUGGCACAGAAGCUACAUGACAAGGACUCCUCUGAUGAGGAUGAGAUUUUCAAUAAGGAUGCUGGGGAUGAAGCCCCAUCACAGACCUCUGCUCCUACUGAGGGCGGAGAGUAAAUCUGUCUUGCCUCAAGCGACUGGCAAAUUUUAUUUUCUAAUAUUGGCUUCUCAUCAGUGCUUGUAAAAUACUUUUUUUUCUCAUAUUAAAAGGUACAAAAUUCACAACCAAUCCUAGCCAUGUGGUAAAAAGUAACAUGUAAAUAGUUAAAUGUGUGUAUAUAAACAACAAGGGCAUAGGCAAGUAGAGCUGGUCUAGAGCUAGAAUCCUCUAUGGCAGCCAUGCUUCUGUAAGAGGCAGUGUGUGCAGAGUUGGAAAGAGCUUCUAGGCCUCAUGCCCCAGUGUAAAUAAUCAUCUUUCAGAGGGCCAGAAAACACAUCAUCUUCAAGGAGUGUGGAUUUCUAAAUAAAAUACCAGUUGUUCUGGUGCGCUCUUUCUGGUUCAAGAA